UGUUCUGUACCAAAAAUGUGACGCAUCAACGCCGACUGCUCUGCCGACGCAACAACACUAAAAACCAAACGCAAAUUUCAAACGCAAACAAUCCAAAACUUGAAUAAAAAACAACAGGCGUCCGAUCUCUGCUGAUCCCGCUGAGUUUCCAGCAAUCCAAGUCCACCGAGCUGCUCAAGGCCCUGAAACCAUACGUCGACGAGAUCAACGCCAAGUUCAAAGACAACGAAAACAAAAAGAACCAGCUGGUCGGCAAGCUGUACCAGGACGCCAACCAGAACCCCCUUUCUGGAUGCUUCCUCUCGCUGCUGCAGCUUCCCAUCUUCCUGGGACUCUACCGCGGGGUUCGMCUCCUGGCGAUGGACGGAAAGCUGGACGAGCCCUUUCUGUGGAUCCCCAGUCUGGAGGGUCCCGUGACGGCCGAGACCGACUACCGUGGCCUCGACUGGCUCACGCAGGGGUGGACCCAGGUCGAUGGCCUGUGGACGCCGUCGCUCGGAUGGGAAACCACGCUGGCCUUUUGCAUCAUGCCAGUCGUUUUGGUUYUGGGACAGAAGCUCACCAUGGAGGCCCUUGCGCCUCCCGAUCCGGAUGAGGACACGAUGGACGAGGAGGCCAAGAAGCAGGCGGAGACCACCAAGAAUGCCCUGAAGUUUCUUCCCCUYCUCAUUGGAUUCUUUUCCCUUCAGGUACCGGCCGGACUGACCAUUUACUGGUUCACCAGCAAUAUCUUUACGCUCUCGCAGUCCCUGGCCGUGCGGACCUACUACGAGCAAAACCCUCCSGAGAUCGAGCUCCCCGAGUACUGGGACGCCCUGUCGGAGGACGAGGACAUGAUGACGCCCGAGGAGCGGAGGGCGGCCGCCAAGGCCGGCGUCGCCAAGGGCCCCUCCCUGGAGGACUGGAUCGCCACGUCCAUGUUUCACACCGUGGUGGAGCGCGACAGUGSGUCCCUGCGGGAGGCCUCYGCCUCCUGGAAGGCCCUCAACGGAGACGAGCUCUCCGUGCCYGCCGAAUUCCAGUCGUGGGUAGGGGAGACGGCAGCACCGGUCAACGGAAGCAGCGCGGAAGCCAAGGAGACGGAAGCCGUCGCUCAGGCAUAAUUUAACCACCGCACAUGGGGCGUGUAGCAGACAGUAGCAGCAAUGGCGAUAGCACAACGUACACGCUACCGGGUUUCUUUUGAAACUUUGAAGGAACCGUUCAUUCGUCACGAGAAACACCGCUUGCAAUGCACUAAGUCGAAACAACAACAACAACAACAACAACAACAUCAACGACGCAACAACUACUGAGAUCUCUGGAACGUAUCUCGGAGAAAGAGGGCAGCAUUAUUACUCCGUUACACGGUUACAGCAACCAAAUAUACAAUCAUUACAACC